AUGCUCGUCGAGCACACGUUCGUCCCGUCCCUGGCAGACGAACUCGCGAUCAAGGUCGGCGAGACGCUCCGCAUGCUCGAGGAGUACGAGGACGAGUGGUGUCUCGUCGAGCGCCUCGGCAGCCGGAGCAACGAGCGUGGCGUCGUCCCGCGGUUCUGCCUCAAGGAGCGCCCCCGCGGCCAACACAAACGCGGCGCGUCCUCCACAGGUACCGCAGCGUCCGGCCGGAGCGGCAAGUCGCAGUAG